CACUUUCUCCUUCAACUGGAAACUUAUAAGAAGGGAUAUUAUAAACAAAAAUAUUCCAGUGAUAUGAACGCACAUGACUGUACCUAAUUCUCAGUGAUCGUUGUGAUAACAGCAGCUUUGUUCCACUUCUGAAGGGGGGAACGCAAACAAACAGCUGAAAAAUGGAUAUGAAGAGGAGUGUACUGCUUGGACUAGUCUUAGCAUGUGGUUCACAUUUUACAAGAGCAAUAGAUCCACACUAUAGUAUUUUCGUCAAUCACAAUACUCCAAGAGAAGUCUUCGAUAUUGAUUUCAACAAUCCUUUUCCAGAGCAAUAUCAGCCAUAUGAAUUUUCGUCCAACAAUGGUCUUUUUCCUCCUGGCCAGAAUCCAAGCUUUCCCCAGCCACCUAUAAGUUACCCCCAAGUGCCUCAAACACCUCCUCCAACUCCAGAUCCCUCAACCUUAGGAUGUGGAAUGGCUCCAUCUUCAUGUCCCAAUACACCUUACCGUUCUUAUGAUGGCUCCUGCAACAAUCUACGAAACCCAGUGUUAGGAACUCCACAGACAAGAUAUGCUAGACUGCUGCCUCCCAAAUAUGGAGACGGAAUAAGCACACCUCCAUUAGCUAAGAGUGGUAGACCUCUUCCACCCUCAAGAACCGUCAGUUUAAUUCUAUUCCCAGAUGUCAAAGUGGAUGACCCAAAGUGGACCCUCAACGCCAUGCAGUAUGGUCAAAUAAUAACUCAUGACAUGAGUAUGAUUGCUGGAAGUACCCAAGCACAACCCCAUCCGACUAGAUGCUGCAGUCCCUCCGGUCAACUUCUCGAGUUCGCCAACAUACCAGAGCACUGUUUCCCAAUAGUACUCUCAGAUGACGAUCCGAUAUCCAGACAAACAAACAUAAGAUGCAUGAACUUCCUCAGGACCAUUACAGAUCGUGAUCGCAGAUGUGUGGGUGGUAACAAGCCUGCUGAACAGCUAACCGCUGUUAAUCACUAUUUGGACCUCUCGAUUGUAUAUGGUAACUCAGAACAAAUGAACCAACAGCUGAGACAGUUCAGUGGCGGUCGACUUUUAGUAGAAACACGUAACAAUCAAGACUGGCCUCCAAGGAACAACAAUGCUUCAGGAGUCUGUUCCAUCAGAAACCCUCGAGAAGCUUGUUAUGCUGCAGGUGAUGCCCGAGUCAACCAAAACCCCCAACUGACAGUUCUUCAGGUGAUCCUUCUCCGAGAACACAAUAGGAUAGCUGACGCCUUGGCCAAGCUGAAUCCUCAAUGGAACGACGAAACCAUCUUCCAGGAAGCCAGAAAGAUCGCCAUCGCAGAACAUCAGUUCAUCUCUUACUACGAGUGGCUGCCAAUCUUCAUAGGCUUGGAGAACUCCAUGAGAAACAAGAUACUCUACAAUACGAGACAGUUUGUCAACGAUUACAAUGGAAAUGUGAAUCCUACCAUCAUCAAUGAGCAUUCUACGGCUGCCUUCAGAUAUUUCCAUUCUGCAAUUGCUGGCGGUUUAGAUCUGGUGACUGAACAUAGAUCGAGCUAUGGUAAUCUACGUUUGAGUGAUUGGUUCAACAGGCCAGGUAUAAUAGAGGAAGGCAACAAUUUUGCAGAUCUGUGUCGUGGACUUGGAACUCAGCCAGAACUCAUGAACGAUCAGUACCAUGACAGCGAGAUCACGCAGUUCCUCUUCAGAGAUGGCAUGCAAUUCGGUUUGGACUUGAAGGCCUUCGAUGUGCAAAGAAACAGAGAUCACGGUUUAGCCUCUUACAAUGACAUGCGAGCCUAUUGUGGUUUGAAGAAAGCACAUGUCUUCGAGGAUUUCUUAGAUGUUAUUUCUCCAGAAAAUGUCAACAAGUUAUCUCAGCUGUAUGAAGAUGUUAACGAUGUUGAUUUGACAGUUGGUGGUACUUUGGAGGCUCAUGUACCAGGAACUUUAGCUGGGCCUACCUUCUUGUGUAUUUUGACAGAACAGUUCUACAGAUCCAGAGUUGGAGAUAGGUUUUGGUUCGAAAAUGGAAAUAGAGAAACUGGAUUCACUUUAGAUCAAUUGAACGAAAUAAGAAAAAGCAGCAUAGCACGUUUGCUCUGUGAUAACAGCAAAGAUGUGAAGUCGAUGCAACCACGUGCUUUUGAAAGGAUUUCACAUAGUAAUGCUGUCGUCCCAUGCGAGUCCCUACCUUCAGUUGAUCUUUCCUUAUGGAAGGACACCAAUGGUCCUAGAUUUUCUUCGGCACCCCUUGUGAAUAACGAUUUCAAUUUUGGAUCUGGAGAAUUUUUCUUCAAGAAAUAGAAACAAAUUAUAUUGUUUUGUUGAACUUACAAAUAAUCAGUCAGUUGUAAGUUCUGUUUGUACAAAUUUCGAACAUAAGGAUUAUUCUUAUAAGAACUGUGUGUUGUUGUACGUUGAAAAUGUCAAAGUCAUUAUUACAAUAGGUAAUGUACUUACUAACUUGUUUAAAAUGUGCAUAUUGAGCUUAAGAAAGAUGAAGAUUAGUUUUUAAGUAUUUAUAAUUAUUUUUUAAUAAAUAUUUUUUAAAAA